CAUCUUUCCUCCCAUCUAAAGUAUUGUCUGCUGUAUUUUGCUCCUCAUUUCGCCUCUUCAUUUCACCCCUCUUUCAUCUUUCCUCCCCUUUCUUUUCCUUUCUCACAGCUCAAAAAAAAAAAAAAAAAAAGAGAUUAAAGAAGCAAUGUUGGGGGAUUUCAUGCCAUACUUGGCCAUGCUUCUGGUGCAAGUAUGCUACGCUGGAAUGAACAUCACCUCCAAACUUGCCAUGGAAUCCGGCAUGAAACCUCUCGUCCUCGACGCCUACGGCCAAAUCUUUUCCAGCAUUGUCAUCACCCCUUUUGCUUUUUUCUUUGAACGGAAGACAAGACCCACAAUCACAAUGCCUAUUCUAUUCCAGUUAUUCUUGUGUUCUAUUACAGGGGCAACCGCAAACCAGGUGUUCUACUUUCUUGGACUGAAAGAUUCAACUGCAACUAUUGCGUCUGCAUUGAAAAAUGUCCUCCCUGCAAUGACUUUUGUCAUUGCAGCCCUUUGCAAACUAGAAGACGUCGGAAUAAAGACUGCAGCAGGGAAGGCAAAGGUGAUAGGGACGAUAGCAUGUGUUGGUGGCUCGAUGUUGGUAUCAUUUUACCAUGGACACACCAUUGACAUAACUGAAUCCAGCAUUCAUUGGAUAUAUGCCGAGAAUAUGGCUGCUUCAAGUUCUGGUAAUGGGACAAGCUUACUUGGUACAUUCCUAGUCAUAGUCAGUUGUGUUGCAUGGGCUAUUUGGCUCAUAAUCCAGGAACGGCUAGAGAAAAAGUUCCCAGCGCCAUACACAACAACUUCAGUGAUGUGUUUCAUGGCAAGCAUCGAGUGUACUGUCAUUGGAUUCAUUUCUGAGCAUAAAAUAUCAGAAUGGUCUCUGAGGUCUGAUAUUAAGCUCGUUGCAGCCUUGUACACGGGGAUUGUGUGUAACGCAUUAGCGUCUUGCCUCACCAUAUGGAGCAUAAAAAAGAAAGGACCUCUUUUUGUCUCAGUAUUCAGCCCGUUGUUGCUCGUUAUUGCGGCAAUCCUAAGUUGGGCAUUGUUACAUGAAAAAUUCUUCGUGGGAACUCUUGUUGGGUCCGUUAUGAUCGUUGCUGGACUUUAUGCGGUUCUAUGGGGCAAGGAUGCAGAGACUAAACAGUUGAAACGUACGGAAGAAAUGGAAAGACAGCAAGCUGAUGACUUGGAGCUUGCAAACUAGAUGUAUUUUCCUGCUAAUGUUGGGUAAAGGCUCGAUUCUGCGCCGCGUUAGGUAGAUUUUGUCAAGUGUUUGUAUCCUGUAGUAGUGUUUGUAUGUGAACAAGGCUGGAUUCAAGUGCGAAGGAAGCCCUUAAUAAUUGAGGCAGACAGUA